CAGGGGAGCCGGCGCUGCUGACAAGGGCGGUCAGCAUGGGCGGCAAGUCGAGCCGGAGUGGCGGCGGCGGGAGGAGUGCGGGGCCGGAUCGGAAGAAGGGCAAGCGGAGCGGGCGCGACAGCAGGGGAGCGGAGGAGGAGCAGGAGGACUGGGAGACGCUGAGGGCCGAGUACCACGCCGCGCUGCUGCUGCUGGUCCACAGCGCCAAGGACCUCCCCCUGCUGGCCACCAAGAUGGGCACCACCCACCUCGCAGGAGCCGUCUCCGCGCUGCUGCGGCAGGAGGGCGGCCUGCGCGCCGUCUCCGCGCUGCUCGCCGCGCUGCCGCCCCUAGCCGCCGCGCGCUUCCUGUACGACCACUCCGACCCCUCGCCCUGCCUGCUGCCGCCCGAGGUGCGCCGGCAGCUGCUGGCAGCCAUGCCGCCCGAGCGCGUGAAGAGCCUGGAGGCGGUGGCGCGGGGGGCCAGUGAGGCGGCCACGCAGCGCGCGCGGCGGGUGCGGACGACGCUGAAUGUGUGGUGCGCGGCGCGCUACGUGAGCAGUCCGCAGGUGGCUGCUGUGCUGGGUGCGCUGCGGACGGAGGGGGACCGUGUGAUGGCGAUGGUGGUGCUGUGGCCGCGGGUGGUGGAUGGCGGGUGGAAGAGCACCUACCUGCGCCUCACGCCGGGGGAGCAGCGGCAGGUCAUGACGCGCCUGGGCUACUGGCACGUGUACGCCUGCCUGGCCGACCCGCACGGCAUCGCCUUCUCUCUGGACCUGGGGGAGCCGGAGCAGCGGGACAUCGCACGGGAGCUGGUGCGCAUGGCGGUGAAGGAGACGCAGCGGGCGAGGCAGGAGGCGAAGGCCAGGGGGGCGGGAGCGGCCAACAUCCAGACGCUGCUCAACCUGCACGGCAACGGCAACCCCGUGUCAGUGCCUGAGGACGAGAAGCUGUGGGGCAUGGCGGACUCCAACUUCCGCUCCAUGGAGUUCCUGUACAGUCCCACGCUGGAGCAGAGCCUGGACAAGAUCCUGGCCAGCGCAGUGUGCAUACAGCGCUUCUGGGUGGGCGUGCAGGCAAGCAGGGCGGCGCGGAGGGCGCUGGUGGCGCAGCUGAACGGCAGGCUGCCGGCCCCGGAACGACACGCCCCCAAGCCGCCCCAACCCGCCGCACCAGCAGCAGCCGAGGCCGAGUCGGGCGCUGCUGCUGCGGGCGCUGCUGCUGCCCCCGGCGGCGCUGCCCCCAGUGCCUCGCAGCAGCGGAUCAGUGCGAGCCAGCAGGUGGCAUGAGAGGCCGCACACCCGCUUCCCUCCUGCCACCCCUGCUGCGCUGCAGCAUGACGAAGAGGAGUGAGGUGUUGGAACGCGAACGCGAAAAGGAGGACGGCAGCAGGCAUGUGCACGUGCAACGUGGUGAGGGUGGCGGUGCCGCAGUGGUUAUAGCUCUACCGCUGCCGGGCUGCUGCAAGCGCGCGAGGGUCAGGUGUGUCGGGGCUUUGAGGGUGUUGAGUGCGGGGGAAUGCUGGAAACGUUGCGAGGUCGCUCAUCUGCCGGCGUGGGUUGUCGGGUGCAUGGGUCGUCGGGUGCAUGCAAGGUACCGCUUGGGGUGGGGGGAGCAGGUGGAGGGGACUGCAGAGGGGACUGGUGCGGGGGCUGCGGCGUGCUGUGGUGGCGGAGUAAUGAAUGCGGGCAGGGGCUGAUGAGGCAAAAGGGCAUAGAUACCGGUAUGCAUGAGAUGAGGGUGAGACAAGACAUGCGGCGCACUUUGCAUGGUUGAGGAUGGGGCGUUGGUGUGACUGUCAUAUGAGAGGAGGACGCCGGUGGUGGUGGUGGUAGGAGCAUGGGGUUGGCGGCGGUAGGAGACAUGGCGGCUCCCCGCAUGAUAUGCUUGAACUCAAUCCAUUUCCCGAACUGAACAACACACAUGGGGCCCAUGCGUUUGCCCAUGAGACGCUGCUAGGAGCCGGGGCCUCGGCCGCCCGGGCCGCCCAGCGGCUCCCUCCCAACUGCCUAGCUCAGUGAGGCUCUGCGUGCUGCGUGCGGUCAUGCUGGUGGGGUGCCGUACUGCGGUCAAAAGAUGAUGGCGUGAUGUGGUAGGACAGCUGGGUGUACACCCCCCCCAUACACACACGUCGCGGCCAGUUUUCUUAACACACGUCGGGUCAGUUGUACGGCUAUAGUUGGUUUGACACACGGCGCGUGCGCACAUGUCCCGCGCCGCGCCUUCUUAAGCGAGGGGGGCCCGACGCAUGUGCACGAGCGUGGCGUGGACCCCCUCGCCCCAGGGUUUUGUAGACUUACUUGUCUGGUUUGGACACCAACGCCGCCCGCCCGGUUCGGGCGGUGGCGGCCUAGUCACGGCCCUAGCCGCGUGCCCUUGAGAUGAGCACUGGUAGUAGCGGUGUGGGGUGGUUCCUUCCUAGUUGUUGUGUGCACUGUACCUCUGCGUGUGCGUGUAUAUCAUUCCCGUGUGUGAGUUUGGUGACUAUCACUAAUAGGACAGCAUACUGCUGCAUCACAGCGAUUUUCGAUAACGGUGAACCGGGGUAUGGGCAUGCUCAGAAGGGGCAUGUGACCAGGACCUUUUGGGUGGUUGGCGCUGUCUCCUACAUGCUCGGACGUUGACACACGGGGGCCCGGUGUUGUUGGGUACACACAACCUCCUGGCCAACGUAUGGGGGACGCCUUUUAGCCUCCUAAUGCCACUGCUGGUGGGCCCUUUCCUGGUUUGGACACACAUGGACUUCAGAUAGUAAUGGGUGUGGGUGUGGUCCCCUUUCUGACACGUGUCUAUCUCCGUCUUCCGCCGGCUUGCACUGGGGUGCAAUGCUAAUGUGGUUUACGGCACUUCCGGCGGGGGUGAGGAUGCUGCUGACGGUGACGUGACUAGACGGAAGCGCACGCCGCCAUGGUCGGUCGUCAUUUGAGUGCGCUGGUUUGACUGGACGGUGAGGAGCUGGUUGGCGAGGCGUGCUUGCGGUGCUGGUGGUACCGGCGGUGGUGAAGAGACACAUCGGUGACGCCGGCGCCCCUCCCCGCCGCAGCUGGAACAAGGGCAGGCGGGGCAGCGGGCGCCGAGGAGUUGGAGGACAAUUGUUGGCGUUGUGCGAGGGUUGGUUAGGUAGCAUGGGUGCGGCCGUUGGUGUUGGUUGGAGGACGGGGGCAUGCACGAUGCACAUGUGUGUAUGCGUCGGCGUGCAUGGAAUGGGCGUGCGUGGGGCCAAUUCUCGGGUGUGUUAGAUGCAGUUAGGUAGGGCGUCAUCAGGCUAACGGGUAGUUGCUGUAAUCACAGCGUUUG